AUGCCUAGUGAAAUGAUAACACUGCAGUUGGGGCAAUGUGGGAAUCAAAUUGGAUUUGAAUUUUGGAAGCAGCUUUGCAUAGAACAUGGAAUAUCGCCGGAGGGAAUUUUGGAAGAGUUUGCUUCAGCGGGCUCUGAUCGAAAAGAUGUGUUUUUCUACCAGGCAGAUGAUGAUCAUUACAUCCCAAGAGCAGUUCUUUUGGACCUGGAACCUCGUGUUAUUCACACUAUCAUGAACUCUCCUUAUGCGAAACUUUACAAUCCCGAAAACGUAUAUUUAUCAAAGCAUGGUGGUGGAGCGGGUAACAAUUGGGCAUCCGGCUUUGCUCAAGGAGAGAAGUUAAACGAGGAAGUAUUUGAUAUAAUUAACAGGGAAGCUGAUGGGAGUGAUAAUCUAGAGGGUUUUGUGUUGUGCCAUUCUAUAGCUGGUGGUACGGGGUCCGGUAUGGGUUCCUACAUCCUUGAACAUCUCUCCGAUAGAUUUCCUAAGAAACUAGUGCAAACUUACAGUGUGUUCCCUAAUUUGGAUGAGAUAAGUGAUGUAGUCGUCCAGCCUUACAAUUCCCUGUUGACACUGAAGCGUCUCACAGAGAGUGCCGACUGUGUGAUGGUGUUAGACAACACGGCUCUCAACAGAAUAGCCAGUGAUCGACUACACAUACAGAAUCCAUCGUUUGCACAGAUCAAUACCUUGGUAUCAACUAUCAUGAGCGCUAGUACUGCUACACUUAGGUACCCUUCGUACAUGAAUAAUGACCUCAUUAGUUUAGUGGCUCCCCUCAUACCAACUCCUCGGCUCCACUUCCUCAUGACAGGUUACACUCCGCUAUCAGCCGACCAUGAUGUUAACGCUGCCCCAAAAAUAAGGAAGACCACUGUAUUGGAUGUUAUGCAGAGACUGCUGCAGCCUAAGAACAUGAUGGUGUCUCUCAGUCCCGACCGAGCCAACCAACACUGCUAUAUAUCAAUACUGAACAUCAUUCAGGGUGAAGUAGACCCAUCCCAAGUCCACAAGUCACUACAACGCAUUCGAGAGAGGAAGUUAGCAUCCUUCAUACCGUGGGGCCCGGCGUCUAUACAAGUGGCGUUGUCCCGGCGCUCCCCGCACGUCACCGCUGAACACAAAGUCUCUGGACUCCUACUGGCCAAUCAUACAAACAUAUCAUCCCUGUUCGACCGGUGUCUCCAGCAGUUCGAUAAGCUGAGGAAGCGUGAGGCGUUCUUGGAGGUGUUCCGUAAGGAGCCCAUGUUCCAUGAGUCUCUGGAGGAGUUUGACGCGUCUCGUGGCGUGGUUGACGACCUCGUGCAUGAAUACAGAGCCGCCGCUACACCCGACUACGUGCACUGGAAUCCUGUUUCAUUUAAAUUAAUAAUCGCGAGUCAUAGAUCUCGUUACCAAUACAAUGAUUUACUCUGUAAUGUAAGUACUCUAUGGAGUACUCAAUCUCAAUGUAUGCAUUGA